AUGGGAGAGAGAGAGGAGGGAAAAAGAGAGAGAGUUUUUUUUUUUUUUUUUUUUUUUUUUGGAAUAAAACAGCGACAAAAACAAAGAGAGACCUUGGACUCGCGUAACGGCAACAAGUCUCUCUUUCCAUCGAUAUCUGUGCGCUUUCGCUUUCUCCUUCUUAUUAAGCUCUACAUCUCUCUCUUAGGGUUUAAGAGACUAUCUUCUAGUUGCCAAUACUGGAUCUCUCUGCACAGUCACGCCCAUGGCUUCACUUGUUUCAAGCUCCUAUAGAUUCCUUGGAAAUGGUCACCAUACAGUUGAGAUGUUGCCAAGGACUGAUUCAAGGAUAUUCACCUGGUUGGAACCGGUGAGUUGAGAUGUGUUGUUAUGCCCCAGGUUGGGUUAGGGAAUGAAGCCAUUGGUCCGUGCUUGUAGGAUAGAUGUAUAAAAAAAGUUUGAUGUCUAUCUUCUCUUCCGUUUGGAAAUUAUUUGGAUUCUUCAACUAUAAUUAUUUAUGAUUCUAAUUCAAAGUUUUUUCGAUA